GGUGGGAUGGCAUUCUGAGCGUGUGGCCUCCCUUGGAAUCUGAGUCAGAACUUGGUCCAGAGACCUUCCUGAGGAUGCCGAAUGCGAAGAGUCCGGAGCCCUUAAGACCGUGGAAGAGCAAUUUCUCUCGCCUCUCAUCUGGCAACACCUUUGGACUGAGUUUCUUUUAGAAUGGAACCCAGAAAAGGAUUAAUUCAUUCAUUCACCUCUAAAAUAAGUCAUGGCCCAUGGGUUGGUGUCAUUCAGAGAUGUGGCUAUAGACGUCUCUCAGGAAGAAUGGGAAUGCCUGAACCCCACUCAGAGGAAUUUGUACAAAGAUGUGAUGUUGGAGAACUAUAGCAACUUGGUUUCACUUGGACUUUCUGUCUCUAAGCCAGAUGUGAUCUCCUCAUUGGAGCAAGGGAAGCAGCCCUGGAUGGUUGUGAGGGAAAUGACAAGAAGACAGUGCUCAGAUUUGACAUCCAGAGAUGAACCUAAGAAGUUAUCUCUAAAAAGUGACAUUUAUGAAACAAAAUCAUCCCAGUGGGUUAUUUUGAAGCAAUUUAAAAGCCACAGUCCUGAGAGAUCCAUUUUCAGAGAUAUUUGGGAAAGCAAACAAGGACAGCAAGAGGACUAUUUCAGGCAAUUGAUCAUCAACCAUGAAAACAUGCCCAUGGUCAGCCAACAUACUUCAUUCAUACAAGAAUUUUAUGAUAGAGAGAAAAUCUCUGCAUGUAAAAAAUGUAGAAAAAACUCCAAUUACCAUUUAUUCUUUAGUCACCACAAAGCUCAUUCUAAGGAACUUUCUGAAUAUAAGGGUUGCACAGAAAUUACUAAUACACCAUUCCUUGUUAAACAGAAAAUCCAAAAUGGGGACAAGUGUAAUGAGUAUAAGGCAUGUUGGAAGACCCUUGUUCACUGUCCACAACUUAAACAACAUUUGAGAAUUCAUAAUGGUGAAAAACGCUAUGACUGUCAAGAAUGUGGGAAGGCCUUUAAUUAUGGCUCAGAGCUAAUUCUGCAUCAGAGGAUUCACACUGGUGAGAAACCGUAUGAAUGCAAGCAAUGUAGGAAAGCCUUUAGACAGCGAUCACAACUUACUCAACAUCAGAGACUUCAUACUGGUGAAAAACCAUAUGAAUGUAAACAGUGUGGGAAAACGUUCAUUCGUGGCUUUCAACUUACUGAACAUCUGCGACUCCAUACUGGUGAGAAGCCCUAUGAAUGUAAAGAAUGUAGAAAGACUUUCAGGCAUCGCUCACACCUUACCAUACAUCAAAGGAUUCACACUGGGGAGAAACCCUAUGUAUGUAGGGAAUGUGGAAAGGCCUUUAGUUAUCAUUCAAGCUUCUCUCACCAUCAGAAAAUUCAUUCUGGCAAGAAGCCUUACGAGUGUAAUGAAUGUGGAAAGGCCUUUUGUGAUGGCUUACAACUUACCCUACAUCGGAGGAUUCAUACUGGUGAAAAACCCUACGAGUGUAAGGAAUGUGGGAAAGCUUUUAGACAGUGUUCACACCUCAAAAGACAUCAGCGAAUUCAUACUGGUGAGAGACCUCAUGAAUGUGUGAUAUGUGGGAAAGCCUUUAAACUUCAUUCACAUCUGACUCAACAUUAGAGAAUUCAUACUGGGGAAAACCCUAUGAAUGUAAGGAGUGUGGGAAGGUCUUUAGCUAUCAUUCGAGCUUCUCACAUCAUCAAAGAAUGCAUUCAGGAAAGAAGCCUUAUGAAUGUGUCAAGGCUUCUAAUCAUGGCUUACAACAGUGUACAUCAGACAGUUCAUACUAAUGAGAAACUGGUAAGGUUUUCUCUCCUUCCUCCACACCCAAGUCUACCAUCAUGAAGUUAUUUUUUGAGAUACACAUUUUCUUUGUUUACUUUCAGGAAAUAUUGCUAAAACAUUGC